GAAGAACGUGUAUGCUGCUGUCGGAGUAUGCCGGACACAGGAAAAUUCAUACCCGUUUAGAGCGUACCACAGAAGUACUUGUUAGAUUCAAGUAGAGAUUUAACUGAACUAAACGUCAGUUAAACAACAGGUCACCCGUCCAGCAGGAUAGGUUACUUAAUACUGCUUGUCCGAAUAUGUCCAUUUUUGGAACUCAGUAUUCGUAUGAGGACUCUAGAGACCGAGUUCUCGCGAGCAGCUAGAUAUCCUCAACUCCUCUAAAAUCAUUAGAGCAACAGACCAUACACACGCUUUGACAUUAUCAAAAACAUUCCUGCGAGAUAUUCAGAUUAAGGAAAACCUUCUUGGAACAUUUUUUUCUUCCUGGGAAGAGAAAUCCUGACGUAGACCCGGUUUCGCAGUUAAUGGUAGCUCACUCGUCUGUGAGUAGUGACUAGUGCGAAUCUUUACUCUAAAGCAAUCUCAUAAAGGAGUUCGUAAAGUACAUAGGGACUUCUGUUGAGCGCGAACUGAGAUGAGACAAUCUCACGGAAUCUGCUGAUGCGCGCUACUGUUUUCAGAACCACGGACAGCUCCACGCGCGCCGUCUUACCGAGGCGCACGUUCUGCACAAAACUUCACAAUUUGGCCAUUGGAAUGUUGUAACAUUUUCGAUAUGCCGCGACAAAAUAAAGGAAACUGUCACUGAGGAGUCGCAGGAAAGGAUUAGACACAUUUACUUGAAAGUUCUCCACCUGGAAUUUUUGUCGAUGUGACUAGUGAGUCCCUGAAUCCCCCUCUGUCUGAUCGGCAGCUUCUGAUCUCCAACGAUUCACCAAAUUAAGGAUGGUAGUGAUGCUGUGGCAAGCCUGUGCCUGAUCACAAACGUAACACCCCCCCUCACCAUCCCCCCGCGCUCGCAUCUCUCCCUCACCACCACCCCGCUCCCACGCAGCGGAGAGCGGGCAACAGGCUGAGACUAUCCAGAGCCCCCCAGAGAGUCCUGCCCCAUCCUGGACGCGAUGGUUGGGAGAUCCCCUUGGCUCCGCAGUCACAUGCUCUCCUGGCCUCUGCGUCUCCUCCUCCUGACUACUCGUCCCUCGGCCAUGAGCCCACAUGCAUUUGCCGUGCCCACCUACAGCACCGACUCCAAGAAAGAGAUCACCAUUGAUGGAGACCUGGUGAUUGGAGGCCUUUUUCCAGUACACCAGAAGGGGGAAGGGGUAGAGGACUGUGGCCGCAUCAAUGCCCAGAGGGGUAUUCAGAGGCUGGAGGCCAUGCUGUUUGCUCUGGAUGAGAUCAACAGGGAUGAGCGGAUCCUGCCAGGCAUCUUGCUGGGUGCACACAUUCUGGACACAUGCUCGAAGGAUACAUAUGCACUGGAGCAGUCGCUGGAGUUUGUACGGGCUUCUCUAACAAAGGUGGAUGACAGUGAGUACACCUGUCCGGACGGUUCCUAUGCCAUCCACGACGAUGUCCCGCUUGCAAUCUCUGCAGUGAUUGGGGGGUCCUACAGUGAUGUGUCCAUACAGGUGGCCAAUCUACUGCGACUUUUCCAGAUUCCCCAAAUCAGCUAUGCCUCAACUAGUGCUAAGCUUAGCGAUAAGUCCCGCUAUGAUUACUUUGCUCGAACAGUACCCCCAGAUUUCUACCAAGCCAAGGCCAUAGCUGAGAUCCUUCGCUACUUCAACUGGACCUACGUCUCCACUGUUGCCUCUGAGGGUGACUACGGAGAGACUGGCAUUGAUGCAUUUCAGCAGGAGGCCAGAGCCCUGCAAAUCUGCAUCGCUACAUCUGCCAAAGUUAGCCGCUCCAUGGACCGCUACAGUUACGAAGCAGUGAUCAGGUCGCUGUUGCAGAAGUCUAAUGCUAAAGUCGUGAUCCUUUUCACUAGGAGUGAGGAUGCCAGGGAGCUUCUAGUUGCAGCAAAUCGCAUGAAUGUCUCCUUCAUCUGGGUGGCUAGCGAUGGCUGGGGCGCGCAGGAGAGCGUGGUGAAGGGCAGUGAGUCAGUGGCAGAUGGAGCUUUUACCAUAGAGCUCGCUUCAUACCCCAUCCGUGAGUUUGGCGAAUACUUCACCAACCUGAAUCCUUACAACAACAGCCGCAACCCUUGGUUCAGAGAGUUCUGGGAGUAUCACUUCCAGUGCAGCCUGCAUGACCUCAGCUGUGGGAAGCACUCGCUGCGAAAUGGGAAGUUCGAGCAAGAAUCGAAGAUUAUGUUUGUGGUGAAUGCCGUGUAUGCAAUGGCACAUGCCUUGCACAACAUGAGACAAGCAGUGUGUCUGAAUAACACUAAAAUUUGCAGUGCCAUGAACCCAGUAAAUGGAAAGAAGUUCUAUAAGGACUACAUCUUAAAGACAAAGUUUGAUGCUCCGUUUCGUCCAGCUGACACAGAGAACAUUGUUCAUUUUGAUGCUUAUGGGGACAGCCUGGGCCGCUACAACAUCUUCCACUAUCACAGAGAGGAUGGCACAUACAUGUACAGCAAAGUGGGCUACUGGGCUCAGAGCCUUAGCCUAAACAACAGCUUAAUCCCUUGGGAGAGCCAAGUGAUACCCACAUCACAGUGUAGUGACCCCUGCAGGAAGAACGAGGUGAAGAGCAUGCAGCCUGGUGACGUGUGUUGCUGGAUCUGCAUCCCUUGCCAGCCCUACCAAUACCUUCUGAAUGAGUUCACAUGUGCCGACUGCAGCUUUGGCCAGUGGCCCCUGGCCAAUCUGACUGGCUGUUAUGAUCUGCCUGAAGAGUACAUUCACUGGGAGGAUGCCUGGGCCGUGGGGCCGGUCACAAUCGCCUGCCUUGGUAUCCUCUGCACGCUCUUCAUUAUCGGCCUUUUCCUGAAGAACAACGAGACACCGGUGGUGAAGGCAAGCGGGCGAGAGCUCUCCUAUAUCCUGUUGCUGGGCGUGCUCCUCUGCUACUGUAUGACCUUUAUCUACAUUGCCAAGCCAUCAGCGGUGGUGUGUACACUGCGGCGCCUCGGCCUGGGCACCUCUUUUGCAGUCUGCUACUCGGCCCUCCUUACCAAGACCAACCGCAUUGCCCGGAUCUUCAACGGCGUCAAGGAUGGUGCCCAAAGGCCAAGGUUCAUCAGUCCUGCCUCGCAAGUGGCCAUCUGCGCUGGCCUCAUCUCCUGCCAGCUUCUGGUGGUGGUGGUGUGGCUCUUGGUGGAAGCACCGGGCGUGAGGAAGGAGGUCAGCCCUGAGAGGAGGGAUGUGGUACGGCUGAAGUGCAACAGCAAGGACUCCAGCAUGCUGGUGUCACUCACCUACAACUGUGUCCUCAUCACUCUCUGCACCUUCUACGCCUUUAAGACCAGGAAGUGCCCAGAGAACUUCAACGAGGCCAAGUUCAUCGGCUUCACCAUGUACACCACCUGCAUCAUCUGGCUGGCAUUCCAGCCCAUUUUCUACGUCACAGCCAGUGACUACAGGGUGCAGACCACCACCAUGUGCAUCUCGGUGAGUCUGAGUGGCUCUGUGGUGCUGGGCUGCCUCUUCGCUCCCAAGAUCCACAUCAUCCUUUUCCAGCCGCAGAAGAAUGUCACCACACUCCGGGUGGCCACCACACGCUUCAGUGUCACCACUGGCCCUGGCUCCAGCUUCUCCCAAGCGUCUGUCUCCAAUGGUCCAACAGUGUGUAAUGGAAGAGAAGUAGUGGACUCGACAACAUCAUCUCUCUGAGGACUAACAUUUUGGUCGAUCUGCAAAAAGUGUGAUAUAGAUUACUCUUAUUAUUAGUCGAAACAACAGGUGUUUGCUGAUAUUAAAGAGGCCACUCGCAGUAAAGAGUGCCUUGUUCUCAGUGUGCUGUGAGUACAAUUUUACAAUCUCGCUCUCUCUCUCUGUAUCUAUUUAUCUAUCUAUCUAUCUGACUAGUUAGAAAUUAUCAAUGAGAUGCCAGUUAAAGCUCUGUAUACCCCUUCUUUUUAUGGAAAAUAUGAAAAGUAUUAUUUGAGAUAUGAAGUAAAAAUUAUAGUAAAUCUGUUUAAUAUAUUAUAUACAGGAUGUUUUUAAUGUAGAUUUUUGGUGAUUUGGGUGUGUGCUUUCUUGUAAUUUAGUAAA